CUCUUUUACACGAGCCUGUGAUGGUAGUAUCGACAGAACGAAUGGUCAGGUUGGAGAGAGCGGCUUGUGUCGGUUAGCUGAAUUUACCCACGAUUUAAAUCUUCUUUUAGGCCCUUUACAAUCUCUGCUGUCUAUAAUUACACAGUUGCAGUACGAUAUCUGUUUUAUUAAGGAUGUCGGUAGCCGGGCUAAAGAAGCAAUUUCACAAAGCCAGUCAGCUAUUCAGUGAGAAGAUCAGCGGUGCUGAGGGGACGAAGCUUGAUGAAGACUUCCUGGAGAUGGAGAGGAAAAUAGACGUCACCAACAAAUCUGUUUUUGAACUGUUGUCCAAAACAACAGAGUACCUUCAGCCAAACCCUGCGUACAGGGCCAGACUGGGCAUGCUCAGCACGGUGUGUAAGAUCCGAGGACAGGUGAAGACCACGGGGUACCCCCAGCCCGAGGGGCUCCUGGGAGACUGCAUGCAGCGCUACGGGCGUGAGCUGGGGCCGGAGUCUGCUUUCGGGGGCGCUCUAGCCGAUAUCGGCGAGGCCAUGAAGCAGAUGGCGGAUGUGAAAGACUCGCUGGACAUCAACGUGAAACACAACUUCAUCGACCCUCUGCAGAACCUGCAGGAGAAGGACCUGAAGGAGAUCGGGCACCACCUUAAGAAGCUGGAGGGCCGCAGGCUGGACUGCGAUUACAAGAAGAGGCGGCAGGGCCGGGUUCCAGAAGAGGAGAUCCGACAGGCCGUGGAGAAGUUUGAGGAAAGCAAGGAGCUGGCUGAGAGAAGCAUGUUCAACUUCUUAGAGAGUGACGUGGAGCAGGUGAGCCAGUUGGCUGCAUUGAUGGACGCUGCCCUGGAGUUUCACCGUCAGUCCCUGGAAAUACUGGAAGAUCUGAACAGCAAACUGCACAACAGGAUAACUGCAGCGAGCACCAGGCCUAAGAGAGAGUUCAGGCCCAAGUCUAUAAUGAGCAGCUUCGAGUCCGAUACCACACAGCCCAACGGGAUAACGCACACACCAUCUGUCAAAUCUACAGAUCAUGCCCAGAUCAUCCAAAGCUCAGCAAAUGGGAAAGGUUUGGAGGCGCAAAUGGACCAGCCCUGCUGUCGGUCGCUCUACGAUUUCGAACCCGAGAAUGAGGGGGAGCUGGGCUUCAAGGAGGGGGACAUAAUCAUCCUCACCAGCCGAAUGGAUGACAACUGGUAUGAAGGCAUGAUCAACGGGGAAUCUGGCUUCUUCCCCGUCAGCUACGUGGAAGUGAUCGUACCUCUGCCUCAGUGAGCCAGUGUAGAGAAUGACACACUCACUCUCUCUCUCUCUCACACACACUCAUACUCUCACACUCACACAUCCUACAGCUCAAACGCCCCGAGACAUUUCCUUUGCGUCCUCCCUGCACAUCGACAGGUACCUUUUGGACGACCUUAAGCGUAAUCGUCGUUUGAAAUCUCAUCAUUUUAAAAUGGGGAAUUGCACUAAAAUGGGGAAAAGAUGGUAUCCUCUAUGCGGAAAGGCUGAAGACUUGCCCGCUGCAUAGUAUUAAGUGUUUCAGAAACAAUUAUUUUUAACUGUGGAAGUACUAAUUGCAGUUCUCUGAAUUUCUUGAGUUUGCUCUGCCUCUCUGAAUGUGUUCACUGUGUGAAUCUGUUCUGAGUGAGUCACAGAGACUUUUACAGACUCUGUGUUACAGAUGGUUAGACCUUAUCACCUUUCUCUUUCAAGUGCUUUCUGGUGCCAUAUUGUUUCACUGAAGCUUUAGAAUUCACUCCGGUGGAUUGCACUUUCUUCCCCAGAAGUCUCACUUUGGUUUCAGUGCUUCAGGGGGAAAAUCAGUCGGCUGCUUAGCAGAUGUACAGAUCAGUGUGGAAUUGAGUGUACCUGGUAAAUGUACUGCAUUGGGUAGGAAAGUAUAGCCUGCAGUGUGGUAGAAUCACAGUGUGCUGGGUUGAAACACAGAUGCUAAUGAGGUGUAGCUUGCCGUCUUGUCCUCGGUGCCGUCCUCCUGUGCUUAAUGAUGGCAUGCUGCCGUCCUGUGAAAUGUCUUUGUGAUCCAUUGUGUUUAAUGGACAAACAUUACCUCUUCUUUCAGGCUGAACUUUGAAUGUACGUCUUUUGAAAGCACCAGGAAAGACCACUAAUAGGAACUACAGCCCUUAAAGUUGUAUACAAUUGCUUUGAUUAUUUAUGCUUUACCAAUAUGUAAGUUACAUUUAUUUUUGCGUAAUGAUUAUACUGUCUCUCUGUUUAUCUUUAAACAGUGUUAUAAGGACGCGUCCUGUUUCAUGUGAGGAAGGACUGGGUGUCAUUGGGCACAAAAGUUGCAUUUGUACACAUAUUCCUUCAAUUGCUUGAUCAAUUAAGCAAAAAUUGAUCAUCAGCAAAAAUAAAUAAGUUGAAAUGGAUCAACUGCAUUUUAAUGAAUGAUGGUAUUUUAAUAGUUCUAAUUAAAUAUUUUAAGAAUGAAAAUAUUUAUGAUGGCGUUACAUAUUUUAGACUUCAUUCUGUGAGUGAAAAUAUUAGGGACAUUGUAUCAGGGUGAAACAUUUGUAUUACUGAGUUAAAGAAAGCACAGAUCUUUUGUCUGAUAAAAGACAAUUUGAUUACAAAUGGAAGAAUGAAUGCUCUUUGAAUGUGGUGAACACAGGGGGUGUGUCAGUCCAAAUGUAUAAUUUUAUGUAAUGUGUAAUAUUUAUGAAAUAUUACCUUGGUGACCUUGGUUCUCCAAGAGCGCAUAGCCACCUGUUGAUUUCUGAUGAAAUUUCAGGAGCUUUGACAGAACUCUGCAGUUUCUGUAUGCUUGUAAGAGGAUAAAUCAGCGGGAAUCCAAAUUCUACACUUCUUUGUCUGUGAAUGCUGAGGUGCACCAAACGUAUUUCUGUGCUGAAAAUAUUCCAGGCUUUGUACUCAACUCUCUUGUUCUAAUGUGUUUCUUUUCCCACAAACUGAUUUGAUGGGGGAAAAAAGUACAAUAUAUAAAACCAUUUUAGAGAUGUUGUAACUGAGUAUUUGAAUGACUAUAUUGAGUAAAUAAAUGACAAGAAACUGCUGACCAUA